AUGACUGGCCACCACAGUUGGGGAUAUGGGCAGGAUGACGGACCUUCAGAGUGGCACAAAUCUUACCCUAUUGCCCAAGGGAACCGCCAGUCCCCUAUUGACAUCGUUUCUGCAAGAGCAGUUUAUGACCCUAAUCUGAAGCCUCUUAUUGUCUCCUAUGAGUCAUGCACAUCUCUCAGCAUCUCCAAUACUGGCCAUUCAGUUAUGGUGGAGUUUGAAGAUACUGAUGACAAGACAGCAAUCAGUGGUGGUCCCUUUCAGAACCCAUUCCGGCUAAAGCAGUUUCACUUUCACUGGGGCACAACACACAGCCAGGGAUCGGAGCAUACAGUUGAUGGCAAACCUUUUCCCUGUGAGCUCCACUUAGUUCACUGGAAUGCCAGAAAAUAUGCAACAUUUAGAGAAGCAGCAGCAGCUCCAGAUGGCUUGGCAGUAGUUGGUGUUUUCUUGGAGAUUGGGAAAGAACAUGCCAAUAUGAACAGACUCACUGAUGCUUUGUACAUGGUAAAAUUUAAAGGAACAAAGGCUCAAUUUAGAAGCUUCAACCCUAAAUGUCUCCUGCCUUUGAGUCUAGAUUAUUGGACAUACCUUGGUUCUCUGACAACACCACCCCUUAGUGAGAGUGUAACAUGGAUAGUGCUGAAAGAACCCAUCAGAAUUUCUGAGAAACAGCUGGAGAAAUUCCGCAUGCUCCUCUUCACCAGUGAGGAAGACCAGAGGAUCCAAAUGGCCAAUAAUUUUCGCCCCCCUCAGCCUCUUAAGGGGAGAGUUGUUCGAGCUUCCUUUGAGGCCUGA